CUUCAUUCACGUUCAAGUGAUCACGAUGAACUGGACUUUGAGCUCUUGGGAAACGAUACUGCACCAUAUACAUUACAGACAAACGUGUUUGCAAACGGUCAAGGAGGUCGCGAGCAAAGAAUUCAUCUUUGGUUUGAUCCCACUAAAGAUUUCCAUUCUUACAAGAUUCUUUGGAACCAGUAUCAAAUAGUGUUUUAUGUUGACAAUGUGCCAAUCAGGGUUUUCAAGAACAACAGGAAAGUGGGAGUAAAUUAUCCAAACCAGCCAAUGCAAAUAGAGGGAAGUGUAUGGAAUGCUGAAGGGUGGGCAUCCGGUGGAAAGAGAACUGACUGGAAUCAAGCACCUUUCAAAGCCUACCUCCAAGAAUUCAAUGCAGAUGGUUGCGUUUUACAUGACUAUGCCGUUGAGAAAUGUUAUUCUUCACACUUUUGGUGGAACAGGGAGGAGUUUUGGAAGCUAAAACCCAGAGAUCAAAAAGCAUAUGAUCAUGUCAGAACGAAAUACAUGUACUAUGACUACUGCUCUGAUAAGACGCGAUACUCAAAGCCGCCCCCAGAAUGCAAAAGUAACCAGUAGAAUUCAGAUCCUGGUCAAAUGAUCUUACAUACAGAUAAAUAUUAGUAGCUUUUUUAUGAUAAUUUUCUUACAACUAUUGCAACAUUUAUGGGCUAAUGAUUCUUAAAUCCUCAUCCCCUGUUUUGUUGAUCAUAGUGAACACCUAAAGACCAAAGGGAUACCCCUGGGAGGGUUCUACUCAAGCUUACAAAGAGCACAAAGAAAAAGAAAGUUGUUCCCAUUAAUCAUUCUCCAAAAAGAAGGAUGAGAAAAUUUAAGAUGUCCAUUCACAUGAAGAUAUAAGAUAAACAGAAUCCUUUAGAACACAACAAGGGGAUAAUUAACCCAGAACUGCACAUUAGAUAUGAUUAGGCAAGUCAUA